AUGAACGCAAGCACUGUUGCCAGCAAUAUUCCGUCAAAUACGACAACCAUGAAAAAGAAACAACGUAAUCAAUACCCUGCUAACGCGGCCAAUAAUCACGCGCCGUUAGAUUCGCAACUCUCGGAAGAACAAAAUACCGAGAUAAGAGAGGCAUUUGAACUAUUUGACACUGAUAAGGACGGCGCAUUAGAUUAUCAUGAGUUAAAGGUAGCCAUGCGAGCGUUAGGUUUUGAUGAAAAGAAACCUGAUGUGCUUAAACUGAUACGACAGUAUGACAAGACAGGAGAAGGAUAUAUGGUAUAUGAGGACUUUUAUAAAGUUAUCCAAGUGAUAAAUAUUAAUUCAUCAUGGUCGCAUUGUGUUGAUUUCUCAGUGUCAGAACGGAUCCUAAAUCGAUCACCAUUAGAAGAGAUACAAAGAGCAUUCAAACUCUUUGAUGACGAUAAUACUGGCAAGAUUUCUUUGCGUAAUUUAAGACGCGUCGCAAAGGAGCUCGGUGAAAAUUUAGAUGAUGAGGAAUUACAGGCAAUGAUAGAUGAAUUUGAUUUGGAUGAUGAUGGAGAGAUCAACGAAGCGGAAUUUGUAAAGAUUAUGUCUGAAAAUUUAUAA